AUGCUUUUGCUAUUCUAUCCUGUCUUCCUUCUGACUAGUAUCGUUACUCAAGAAACUUAUCCAUACUAUUCAUUUCAAUUUGUAAAAAAUCCGCAAUUAAGUUUAUACAAUGCUCGUAAAAUUAUUAAUCCAAAGUAUUGGGUGAAAAGAGACUUGGAAUUCAAAAUAAGAGUUCACCAGAUGAAAUUCACAUCGGUUGGUAUGAUGUCUGACGGUGCUCUAUGUCUAACUGAUUCGUUUAAACAUGGAACUCCAGCAAGACAAUUUAAAAUCUUCAGUGAGAUUCCAAAGUACAAUAGACUAUCGAUCUAUAGUAGCACCGGUGUUUUCGUUACUAUCUUUAAUAAUGGAACCAUUCAGUUCACCAUUAAAGAUCUGUUCGGUAAAUUAUCAGGAAGAAAUUUGACAAUAAAAAUCACAGACGGAAUUUAUAAUCAAAAAACUGAGAAUCGUCAAUAUUUAACCUCUAGAAGGCAUCUACAAACAUUCCGUUACACUGUUCCUUCGCUACGUCAAGUUCAGAUAAUAGAUAUCGUACCGAUCGCAAGAUGUUCAGUACAAAAGUCGUACGAUUCAUGCAUCUCUGAAUCGCUGGUAUACGCAGACUGCAAUUGGUGUUCGAAACAAAAAAGAUGCGAGAACGAAAACAAUAGACAGAAAAAUGAACUGAUUGGUGAUGAUUGCAAUAUCAGAAAUAUACCAACAUCAAAUAAUUCAAAACGAAUAACCACAAUCGAUAAUAUAUUUGAAUUGGCCUCUGAAAAUGUGUCUGAAUCGGUUGGGUUGGAGCAAACAACGGCAACAACCGGCACUCCUACUAAUCAUUCACCUCGAGGUGUAUCUGCGCCAAACGUUUCAGUAAGAAUGACAACAAAUGAUCAUGAUGCCUACUCUUCUCAAAGUGCUUCAGAAUCUGAUCAUUUGAUGCAAACAACAACGAAAACCGUUGAUCACACUGUCCAUUCAUCUCAGAGUGCAUCUGUAUCUGAUAAUUCGAUACGAAUAACAACAAACGCUGAUCUUAUUGUCUAUUCAGUCGGCAACAUCUAUAUGUACCUUGUUCUAUCAAUUGCAAUUGGUGUGAUUUUAGGCGCCUCAAUAAUCGUUUGCCUGAUUAAACGGCAGCAAAAUGUACCUGCUUAAUUUUCGCAGCCUUCUUUGAUAUAAAGAUUAUCACCGAUAUGACUCUUGAACUGUUUU